UGUUCUUCCAUUAACAACAUGGCGCCUAACGUUAGUAGAAACAGCAGAGUAUCUUUGUUGUGUUGAUAAAGUAUCAGUUAGCUCCAUCAGUACUGGUAGACCAGAGUCUCUGUAUGGACUUUUAGCUGUUCACCCUUUUUCUGGAUGUUUUUCCUCUGACUCAUCUCCCGGUAGCCAACAAAGCUAUUGAAGUUAGCUUAGCAUGCAAGCAUGCUGUGUAAGUUAGCAACACAGCGCUAGUCAGAGUUUAAUGGAGAGUAAACGGUGUUUCUGACGGAGUUUGUGUGGAGAAAACGUUUCUGUGGUUUAGUGAAAAUGUCUCGAGUCCAAAUGCUGAGAUCUUUGGUCAACCAGCGACUAACUGCGGCUGCUGAAGAGAUAUUUGGUCUGUUUGAAAGAACGAUCGCAGAGUACGAGGAGGAACUCUCUGGUUCAAAAGAGGAGAACGAGCGACAACGGAAACUACUGUACGCUGUUUUGAACCCUGUAGUCUGGAUACAAAGAGCAGACGUCCAGCAGGUGUUGGUGGUUAAAGAAGAGGUUCCCCCUGAGCAGCAGGAGAGGAGCUCCAGUCUGGACCAGAAGGACCCAGAGCCUCCACACAUUAAAGAGGAACAGGAGAAACUCUGGACCAGUCAGGAGGGAGAGCAGCUUCAAGGACUGGAGGAGGCUGAUGUCAAGUUCUCAUUCACUCCUGUGAAGAGUGAAGAUGAUGAAGAGGAAGAUCAGUCCUCACAGCUUCAUGAAAGACAAACUGAACAGAUGGAGACAAAAGCUGAUGGAGAGGACUGUGUAGGACCAGAACCAGACAGGAACUUGGAUUCAGAUAGACAUCAAGGACCAGAUACUGAUGGAGACUCUUCUGACAGUGAUGAUUGGAAGGGGACCAGAGAACCUCAGUCAGGUUUAAACUCUUUGAAACCUGAUGAAGUUUCUGUCCGGGAUUCAAGAUGUAAUUCUGGUGAGAAACAUUUUAGAUCCUCUGAGUGUGGGAAAAGAACUGGCACGAGUGGAGAUCUGAAGAAACGCAUGAGAAUCCACACAGGAGAGAAACCUUUGAGCUGCUCAGUCUGUAAGAAGUCUUUUAGCAGUUGUACAACUUUACAGACACACAUGCUAAUCCACACAGGAGAGAAACCUUUCAGCUGCUCAGCCUGUAAGAAGUCUUUUAGCAAGCGUACAACUUUACAGACACACAUGCUAAUCCACACAGGAGAGAAACUUUUGAGCUGCUCAGCCUGUAAGAAGUCUUUUAGCAAGCGAACAACUUUACAGACACACAUGCUAAUCCACACAGGAGAGAAACUUUUGAGCUGCUCAGUCUGUAAGAAAUCUUUUAGCAAGCGUACAACUUUACAGACACACAUGAGAAUCCACACAGGAGAGAAACCUUUCAGCUGCUCAGUCUGUAAGAAGUCUUUUAGCAGUCGUACAUCUUUACAGACACACAUGAGAAUCCACACAGGAGAGAAACCUUUCAGCUGCUCAGCCUGUAAGAAGUCUUUUAACCAGUUGCCAAAUUUACAGACACACAUGAGAAUCCACACAGGAGAGAAACCUUUCAGCUGCUCACUCUGUAAGAAGUCUUUUCGCAAUCGUUCAACUUUACAGACACACAUGAUAAUCCACACAGGAGAGAAACCUUUCAGUUGCUCAAUUUGUGAUGAACGAUUUCGGCACAGGUCAAUUCUGAAGUUACACAUGAUUACUCAUACAAGUGACAACCGUCUUUAGUGGUUCUGUUUGUAUACAAAAGGUAAAUCUGACACGGCACAUAACACAGGGGAAGAACUCUGGUGCUUUUUAUCCUAUCUUUAUUCAAAAGCAUGUUUUAAUUUGAGUGUUGCUUAUUGAUUCCGCGUUUAGAUUUUGAGUUGUUUCCCUCUAACCCUGUCCUCACACACAAUUAGCCCCCGCUUGCGAUUAGUGACACAAUAAACCUUGAUCGCUCUGAGAGAUCCAUACUUUGUUUAAGGUGAUGCCUCCUCAGGUUGGCAGGGAGCUUAGUACUGUUAGUUUUAACAAAGGUUGGGUAAUAUUGUUAAGAUACUUUUUGUAAUCUCCUGUCAUAAGUUUGUGACGAAAGCAUUAAAGUGACGAACACAUUUAUUGCACAGUGUUCAUUUGAUGAUUUUUAAGUGAUUUUUCAUAAAUUGAUCAAUGUAUAAUCUUACAUACUCUUGAGAUUAGAAUUGUUUAAGAUAAGUAAUUGAAGUAACCUUGGAUUGAUGCAAAAAAUGUAAAUCAUUUAAAGAAAUAUCCGGACUGACGUUUCACUCAGGUGCUGGACAGGAAGGACAAGAAACAAGUGUUAACUGAAAGAAACAUGUCAAAAUUGUAAGAGUACGUUGAUCUUGUGGUAGAAUUAACUUUUGACAAUUUGUCUUUUCUUAACUUUUUGAGUCAUCCAUUUUUCUAACCGUUAACCUACUUUUUAUUGUAAGAAACAAAUAAAACUGGUUUGUAUUUUGUACACUCCAACCAAAGUCCAGUGUCGCUCAUCUCUGAGGCUGCCCUAAAGGUAAAAUGGCAUAUCAUACUAUGACUUUUUUACAUUUUCAUUGCAUACUACAAUUUGUCGAUUUGGAUGACAUUCCUAUGGCAUAAUAUACUAUGACUUUUUAAUGACACUUAUUUUUUAGGAAAUACUAUACCUGACCUUUUUAAAGACAUUUCUAUGACAUAUACUAUGAUACAUUAAUGGCUGCUAUACUAAGACUUCUUUUAUGACAUUUUGAAUGGCAUAAUAUACUAUGAAUAUUUCAUGACAGACACACUAUACCAUUUUAAUGACAUGCUAUACAAUGACUUUUGCAUGACUAUUAUAGCGAAGUAUGACCUUUGGACCGUUUGUGUUAUGAAAUACUAUACUAUGACUUUUUAGGAUUUUUUCAUGGCAUACUAGACUGAUUUUUUUAUGACACAGACUAACAUUUUUAUGGCAAACUAUACUCUACAUAUUUUAUGGAAUACUAUAUUAUGACUUUAAUUAUAUACUAUACCAUGACUUUUUU